AUGCGGCCGUCGCCGGCAGCGCCUGCAGGCGACCCGCCACCAUCGCGGCGAAGGGCGGCAGCGGCGGCCGCCGCCAAUCUACCAUCUGGCGGCGACCCCUCUCCGCAACCCUCCGGGUCGGCGGGAAGAUCCCGCGGCGCGCGGCAGCAGCCGCGGCUGCAGGCGCGGCAGCUGCAUGAGCACGGCUCACCGUCCCCGAUAGAAGCCUCUCCGUUUGGAGCAACCGGCGCAGUAGUAGAUCUGACGGGCUCGGGGGGAACUACAGCUGCUGCUCGCAGCGCAGGAGCGGCGGUGUCCCCCUCCCCGGCCUCCGGGGAGGGCAGCGCGCGGAGGAAGCGGGGGAGGCGGGAGCUGGACGCGCUGCUUGGCGCUGGGGGAAAGGGUGGCGCGGACAGUCCCAGCCAAGGGGGGAGCCCGGACGUGGAAGGAUGGGAGGGCCGGCGGAGCAUACGACGUUUCAGCGGGGAAGGGGGAAGGGGAGGGGGGAGGACUGCAGAGAGGGGCGGAAGGGAGUUGGGUAGAGAGGGUGAUAUGGCGGCAGAGGGGAAAGCGGGGAAGGGGGCGGGGAAGGGUGACCGGAAGGAGAGUGAGGAUGUGGGGGGAGGGUUGGAGAGCGAGGAGGAGAGGGAGGGUGAAGGGAAGGCGUGGGCAUUGAGGGGGGCAGGUAGAGGAGCUAUUGGCAGGGGAACAAGGGGAAGGGGUAGAGGUGGGAGAGGAGGGGCUGUGGGGACGAGAGGAGGAACCGGGCGGGGGGUAGGAGGAAUGAGAGGUGGGGGCCGAGGCAGCGCGAGAGGGAGGGGACGAUGGGGACGAAGAGGGGCAGAGGGGCACGGAAGGGGUGAGGGGAGGGGAGUGAAAGAGGUAGAAGAAGAGGAAGAAAAGGAAGAGGAGGAAGAGAAGGAGGAGGAGGAGGAGGAGGAGGAGGAGGAGGAGGAGGAGGAGGAGGAAGAAGAGGAGGAGGAAGAAGAAGAGAAGGUGGAGGAGGAGGAAGAGGAGGAGGGGGAGGGAGGGGUGGACGGGGGAGAAGGGGGUGUGGAUUUGGUAGGGAGUGAAGGAGGAGAUGACGAUGGGGACGAAGGGCGUGUGGGGAAUGGGAGGAUGGCGAGGAGAAGAGGGAAGUUGAAGGGUAAGGGCGUGCUGCUGGCUGGAGGGGUGAAGGAGGUGAUAUUGGGGGGGGAUAAAGGAGGGAGUGCGGAGGAGAAAGAGGGUAGAGAGGGUGAGAAGGAGGAACGGGCGGAAGAAGAUAAGAGUAAGAAAGAAAAGCAGGAGGGUCGGGGAAAUGGGGGGCGUGUUGAGGAAGGCGCCGAGAGGGGAGAGAAGAGUAGUGAGGGUUUGAGUGCUCAGGAUUUGUUGUUAAGAAAGAAAGGAAACGGCGCCAGAAUCAGUGUGUGUGUGACAGUCGAGGGGCAGAGGGAGAGAGAGGAGCAGAAAGAGAGAGAGGUGCAAAAAGAGAGAGAGGGGCAGAAAGAAAGAGAGGGGCAGAAAGAGAGAGAAGGGCAGAGAGAAAGAGAGGGGCAGAAAGAUCGGGAGGAACUGGGGGGAACGGAGGGGCAGCGAGGGAGGGAGGUGAAGGGAGUGAGGGGACAGGGGAAGGCAGGAGAAAACAGGCAAAGGGUGGGCACGCAUGCGAGGUUGGAUGGAACUGAACGUGAGGGGCAGGGUAAGAAGAGAGAAAGUGCAGUUUUUGAGUCGACUAAAGAAUCACAUGCGAGCUUGAAUGCAGCGGGACGUGAGGGGCCGGGUAAGGAGAGAGAGAGUGUGGAGCGUGGUUCAAUGAGUGAGGGAGAUGUGUGCGAGGUGGUUGCUGCUGGGAGAGAGGAUGGUGGGACUGGUGGCGCGAAUGGCGAGAGCGAGAGAGGAGGCGGAGGUGAGAGUGAGAGCAAUGGUGAGGGUGAGGGUGCACGUGAGGUUGGGGUUGGGAGGACAGGAAAGGAUACUGUUGGGGCUGUUGAGAUACAGGGAAGUGCAGAGCGGGUGAGAAUGGCAGGAGGAAGGUUGAGAGGUGAGGAAGAGGGAAAGGAAGGUGGGGUUAGUGUGGAGGGUGGAGUGAGUGUGGAGGCUGGUUUGGAUGAUCUGAGGGGGGGUAGAUUGAGGAUGCGCAGAUGGAGUGAGGUGGUGGGGGAGGGUGGUUGGGGUGGUGGAAGGAGGGAUGUGAGGGGGGAGAGAGGGCGGGAGAGGAGAGGGCGGGGGAGGGAGCGAGGGGCGAGAGGGAAGAGUGCAGGGCGGUGGGGCGCAAGGGUGGUGCGUCCUCAGCGGCGGGUGGGGAAAGAGAAGGACAGGGUGGGAGAAGGGGAUGAGGAGGAGGAGGAAGGAAGUGAAGGGCAGGAUGAGGAGGACGUGUGGUUGAUUCCGAGUGGAGAGGAAGAGGGAGGGGAGGUUGGUGCAUAUGAUGCGGAAAAGGAGAAAGAGAAGGUGGAGGAGGUGGAGGAGGAGGAAGUGGGUGAGAGGGCAGGGAAGGAGCAGAGGAGCAGAGGAAGACGUGGUGGGGAUGAGGCAGCAGAGGUGGAGGAAGAUGUGGAGGAGGUACCUCCGGUGAGAAGUGGUGGGGAGGAGGAGGUAGAGGGAAAAGAGGAAGAGGCAGGAAUGCGUGAGGAUGAUGGGAGGGAGAGUGCAAGCAGGUGGAGGGGCAGGGAGAAGAGGAGGAAAAGAGGGAGAGAGGAAGGUGUGAGACGGGGAGGCAAGUCAAAGGCAGUUGGUGAUGCGUCAGGAGAAGAGGAUGUGGUGGAAGCUAGGGAGCAGCAGCAGCAGCAGCAGCAGCAGCAGCAGCAGCAGCAGCCGCAGCCGCAGGAGAGGGCUAUGGCUGUGGUAGAGAGGAAGAUGAAGGGGUUUGAGGGGCGCGUGGGGAUGAAGAGGAGUGGGACGAGGAGUCAGACGGGUGGCAGCAGGCGUGGUGAUGGAUUGAGGAGUGGAAGAGAAGAAGACGGAGGAGAAGAGGAAGAAGAAGAGGAGGCAAGCGUACAGGGGAAGGAGGGGAAGGAUGGGAAGGAUGGGAAGGAUGGGAAGGAUGGGAAGGAUGAGAAGGAUGAGAUGGCUGUAGGAGAGGGGGUUUCUGGGAACGAUAGUGACUUGGAGGAUCAGGAAGGGGCAGGAGAUGAGGUGGAGACGGGGGAGGUGAGAGAAGCGGACAGCGGAGGGGUUGAUGGGGUGGAGAAUGGUGAUUUUGUUCUUGGUGAUUCGGGAAUGGGGGAUGUGAAAGGGGAUAUGGAGCGAGAGAGGUUGAUGGGUGCACAGGCAGCAGCAGGGAGAGGGGUGGAAGGUGGAGGAGAGGGGGGAAGGGAUGGGGGGCUGGGAAAGGGGCUUAUGAGCGUGAGCUGGCAGCAGGCUCAGGCGCUGCUGCUAACGCAAGAGACAGCAGCUGCAGAUGACGAGGGGGAGGAGGGCGAGGGAGAGGCGGGAGAGGGAGAGAGGGAAGGGGAGGAGGGGGUUGAAGAGGAGGGAAGGAAGGAGGAGGAGCACGAGGAGGCGGCAGAUGCAGGAGGAGCAGGAGAAAGAGAUGGAAGAGUAGGGAGAGGAGGAGAAGGUGGGGAUUCAACUGGGGGCGUAUUGGACGGGAAAGCAGGGCGUGGGUGGGGACGAGGAGGGAGAGGAGGAGGGCGGGAGGGGAUGAGAACGGCAGGUGGCGGGGGAGGGGGCGGUGGAACACCUGGGAGGGGACAGGGACAGGGAAAGAGUGAGCAAGGGCUUACGGAACGAGGAGGAACGCCUGGGAGGGGACAGGGACGGGAAAAGAGUGAGCAAGGGCUUAUGGAACGAGGAGGGGUUGGAGUGAGAUUGAGGAGAGUGGAGCAUGGGGGAGGGCAUGGGGAUGAGGUGAAGGAGGAAGCGGAUGGGGAGGAGAAGGAGGGAGAGAGGGUGGUGAAUCGGCUUAGGCCCAGGCGGUCUGCUGUGGUGGCGGUGGAAGGCAGGAGGAAGCAGGAGGGAGGGUCUGCUCAUGGUGCUGCAAUGGGUGCUGCAAUGGGUGCUGCAAUGGGUGCUGCUCAUGGUGAUGCAAUGGGUGCUGCAAUGGGUGCUGCUCGUGGUGAUGCAAUGGGUGCUGCAAUGGGUGCUGCUCAUGGUGAUGCAAUGGGUGCUGCAAUGGGUGCUGCUCAUGGUGAUGCAAUGGGUGCUGCAAUGGGUGCUGCAAUGGGUGCUGCAAUGGGUGCUGCAAUGGGUGCUGCUCGUGGUGAUUGUAAGGAGGGAGUGGGCUCGCCUUUCGCUGCUGCUCAAGCUGCUCUGCGUGCGGCAACUGGUGGUGCUGCUGCUGCUGCUGCUGCUGCUGCUGCUGGUGGUGUUGCUGUGGGGUGUGCUGGUGCAGUGGACGAGGGAGUGAGGCAAGGGGCGGGUGGAGUGGAGGGUGUGUUGAGGCAGCUGCAGCUGCUGCGGCAGGAGAGGGAGCUGUCUCCUGUUGUGGAGGAGUUGGAAGAUGAGCAGUACUGGGAGUGGUGGGGGGGCGCGGAGGGAGAGGAGGAUGCAUGGGACGAGGAAGGGGAGGAGGGCGAGGAGGGCGAGGAGGGCGAGGAGGGCGAGGAGGGAGAGCAGGGAGUGGAGGGAAGCAAAGGAGGAGAGAGCAGCAGAGGAGAGGGGGGAAGGGAGGGAGGAGAUGAGGAGGACGAAAGGAAGGAGGGGAAGUUGAUGGAGGGAAGGAGAGUGGAGGUGGAGGAGGGAGAGAGUGGGAGGAGGAAUGUGGUGGGUAAGGGGGUGAAGAACCGGGGAGUGACAAGCAGUAUCAGACUGGUUAGUGGGUAUGAUUAUCACCGUGGGGGGGGGAAGGUGGAAGAGGAGGGGGGAGGAGGGGGGGUGCGGGGGAAGAAGAAAGGCGGGGCUAAGGCUAAAGCGAGAAAGAGUCUGAGGGCAGCAAGGAAGGCGCAGAAGAGAGGGAAAGGGGGAAGGUUCGUGAAGAUGGGGGAAGGGGGCGGUGUGGGUGGUUUGGUUGGGGGGAGUGGAAGGGGAGGGGCGCGUGGGAAGGAGGGUGGUACUGGGGAGGAUGGGCUGGGUGCGUCUGGGUUUGGAGAGGUGAGAAGCCGUGGACGAAGGGGUAGGACGGAGGAGGAGAUUGAGGAAGGUGCUGUGGCUCUGUAUGCUGAUGAUGGUGAUGGUGAAGGUGAUGGUGAGGAGGAUACGAGCGAUGAUGGGAGCGAUGAUGAUGUGAUGGAAGCAGGCUGGAAAGCAGAGAGUUUGGAUGUUGAGGAGGUGAGCAAGGGAGGAGAAGAGGAGGUGGAGGAGGAGGAGGAGGAAGAGGAAGAGGAUGAGGAUGAAGACGAGGAGGAUGAGGAUGAGGAGGAGGAAGAAGACGAGGAAUCUGAGGAGGAGGAUGAUGAUGAUGUGGUGCCGCAGAGAGAGGAGACCGAGGAGGAGCGGCGGCGACGGCUGGAGCAAGAGGACUCAAUGCUGCUGAGAUACCUGCAAGUGAAGGACGCACGGGAGGUGGGUGAGAGGGAGAGGGUGAUGUGA